CGGGGGUGGGCGGGGCUUGGCGCUCAAGUGGGUGCCAAUCAAAGCAUCAACUUCAAAUUGUAUCUGAAAGAUCAGCCGAGGACCUUAGGGCAGGCGCAUCAGUCGGAGCUCAAUUGUUGAUCAGAUCACAUCUAAGGGAUUUAGGAGCACAGGCGAGCCGAGAGUUGAGGGAAGACGCCCCACCGAGUCCAUCCACACGCGCUGCCGCUGUCUCCUCCUCCUCCGCCUUCCUCCUCCUCCUCCUCUUCCACAUGCAGAUGACAAGAUCCGUCUGAGAGAGCGAGCCGAGAAGGCGAGAAAAGAAAGCAGAGCCCGGAAAGAAAAAAUACCCAGACGGGGGCUCCUCUCUCCGCCCGGCAGCUGGAGAAGGAGAGAAGGCAGGCAGGCAGGGGAGCGCAGUCGACAGCUAGCUAGCGAGCCAGCCAGCCAGCCAUCCCGGGCUCUCCCGCGCCGUCCCAGACCCGGCUUGCCCGCCCGCCGAGCGCCGCUGCCCCGUCCGCUUCGACUUCUGGCUCCGUGUCGCCCCGUCGGCGGUGCGUCUCGCUCCUCCUCGCCUGCACGCCCGGGAUGUCCUUCCCGCAGCUGGGCUACCCGCAGUACCUCAGCGCCAGCCAGGCCGUGUACGGCGGCAGCGACCGGCCCGGGGUGCUGGCGGCCGCCGCCGCUGCCGCCGCUGCUGCCGCCGCCGCUUCGGGCCGUCCAGGGGGCGCGGAGCUCAGCAGCGGCUCCACCGCCGCCGUCACCUCGGUGCUGGGCAUGUACGCCGCGGCCGCCGCGGCCGGGCCUUACAGCGCGCCCAACUACAGCGCCUUCCUGCCCUACAGCGCAGACCUCAGCCUCUUCUCGCAGAUGGGCUCCCAGUAUGAACUGAAGGACAACCCUGGGGUCCAUCCUGCGACUUUUGCUGCUCAUACCACCCCUGGUUAUUAUCCAUAUGGACAGUUCCAGUAUGGGGACCCUGGGAGGCCCAAGAAUGCAACUCGGGAGAGCACCAGCACCUUAAAGGCCUGGCUGAAUGAGCACCGCAAGAACCCCUACCCCACCAAAGGCGAGAAGAUCAUGCUGGCCAUCAUCACCAAGAUGACCCUCACACAGGUCUCCACCUGGUUCGCCAACGCCAGGAGGAGGCUCAAGAAGGAGAACAAGGUCACUUGGGGAUCGCGGAGCAAGGACCAAGAUGACGGGAACCUCUUUGGGAGUGACAACGAGGGGGACCCUGAGAAGAAUGAAGAUGAUGAAGAGAUCGACCUGGAGAGUAUUGACAUAGACAAGAUUGACGAGAACGAUGGGGAACAGAGCAAUGAGGAGGAGGAAGAGAAGGUAGAGCUUCUACGACAAAGCAGCGAGGAAGAGCAUUUGGAGAAGGAGAAGGCCUUGACGCUGUCAGGCCCUGAAGGACUUAAACCCAAAGAGGCCCUGUCCCUGGUGAAGGAGGCCUCGGACAAUCCCACCCGAAUCUUGAGCCCCAGUAGGCAAAAUACUCUACAAGGCCCGCUUCACAACAAGCCCAAGAUCUGGUCUUUGGCAGAGACGGCCACCAGCCCAGAUGGGGCGCUCAGCAAGCCAACUCCUCCUUCACCCCCUGCCCAGGUUAAUCACACCUCUUCCCAGCUCCAGCACCCGGCUUUCCUCCCCAGCCAUGGACUGUACACCUGCCAGAUUGGCAAAUUUCACAACUGGACAAACGGGGCGUUUCUGACCCAGAGUUCCUUGUUAAACGUGAGGUCCUUUUUGGGAGUUAAUCACCACCACGCUGCCCACCACAACCACCACCUUCAGGUCCAGCAGCAGCCCCCCUCGGUGUUAACAGCUCUUAGCACUGAAAAGUCUUCAGAGAGGACGAGCCCUAAACACAUAGAAAGAGAAAACGUACCAAGAACCGACUCUCCACCUCAGCAGUUAAAAUCUCCCUUUCAGCCUGUCCGGGACAACUCUUUGACUCAGCAAGAGGGAACAUCGUGAAUUUUAACAGCUCUCCCUUCUGCUUGAUUAAAUGGCGUGUUCUUUCCCCCCCUUUUUUGGUGGAAAAGAAAAUUUCACAGACUGGUCUAAAGGACAAAACAAAAAAAGUGGAAAUUAUCUAAAUGACUCCCACCAAUCUCAUUUUUGCAAUAAGGUGGUAUCAAUCCCAUUUCAAAAAUAUAUAUAUCCCAACUCCUCAACCUGGACUUUCCCCUUUUCCUUUAUUCCAUUUUCAGAGCGUGUAAUUCUAACCACGAUUGGAUUAUUGGUUUUGGUAAAGAUUUCUCAUGUGUUUGUGUUAUUUUUUUUCUGUAUAUAAAGUGAUUUCGAAUUGUAAAUAAUGCCACAGCAAAAACUUGUCUAAAUCGUAUAUUUUUGUCUAAUAAACAAAAUGAAAUUA